GUCCCCCAAUCAUCACAUCUCGCUCACUGCAACCACACUCCGAACCCCACUGCCAUUUCACCCACCAUACCUCAACACAUCGGACGACAAUCGAAGCACUGGAGCAUUCAGCGAGGUAUAGACUUUCAACUAUGGCUCGGACCCGUAGUAUUUCCAAUGAUCGUGUGGUUGGCCAUCGUGCUCGAGACCCGAUGCACCGGAAUCGCUAUUCGCAUUCGCCUAUCGGUUCCUCGCAAAGGACAGAGACAGAACUACAAGCGGUUGUUAGGACUCGUGCGAAAUCUGCUUCACCGGGCCCAGCAUUGAUUGCCGCGAGAAGAACUCUGCGGAAAAGCAACGGGACAACGCCUGUAUUACCGUCACCCUCGCCGAGCGGCCUAGCGAAGAAGAAUCGGGUGGCUAAACAGAGGGCGGGGCCAAGGUCGCAAAGAGGACGCUCAAGAGAUGGUGAUGACGUUUUCGGGCCGUCAAGGGAGGAAUCUAUGGCUCCGGUUCAAGCACAUGGGGCUCAAGAGGGGGACAAAAUUCCGCGAGGUGAGCAUUGCCUAGAUUAUUUCCUCUAUCAUAUUAUUAUUGCCUAUUCAACCCCGAUACCCCUACCCCUAUCAAUGUUUAUGCGAUGCCCUACUUUGCUGGUAACCAUUGUUGUGCUUCCCUGAUCCCGUCUUCGCACUGAGGAUAGCCAUCAGUUGCCAAGCGCCCCUUCUCCCUACUAGACGCAACCCUCUCCAUUUCAAUGCACUUACAUUUCAUGACUCCUACAUCCCACAUAUGGCGAUCGGGCACCGCCGGCAUGGGCUCGUGUUUAACGGUGGCGCAUAAUAGCGAUAGCUUGCUCACAAUAAUUUCAGCUCUUCCCGAUCUUCCUGAAGAUGAGGUGAUUAGCUUCGCCAGUUCCCUAGAUACACCGCGUUCCUCCGUUACCAGUGGGCGUUCUGGAUCCCUCUCGGAUGGUCCCAUCACUUCACGGGCCAUCGGAGCCGAAAAAUCGUCGACCCAGCGGGAACUAGAGGCAAUGGAUACGGAAUUGGUGCUCGAAUCAACUUCGGAACUUGACCGAAAUGCCCAGAGACUACUUGAUCUUCUGAUUCUAAACCCACCCGAAGAAGAUAUGUUGGCUAGCACACAUACGAGGAGCUCGAAGGUCUCAAAGCGGCUGAGGGUUUAUUGGCCGGCCUUUGAUGCUUCGAAGAUAGUAUUUGGUACAUCGCAUUUUCUUGACGUUGGCACUGUGGAAGCGGCACUGGGAGAGGGAAUUUAUACUCCUGUUAUUUACAGAGCCAACUUGGCUAUUCUAGCCAACUUUAUAUACACCGCAGAUGAGGAGGAUGAUAGCACUUUCCAAGAGUUAAAAAGCAUAGAGAGAUGUUUUCCGGCCCAGGUAGGGGGUGUUAUUGAUGAUCAGAACCUUCAGUUUGCCCUUGACCUAAGGACGCAGACGGUCAUCCGCGGUAUGUUGUCGGUUCGGGAAGACUCUCUUGAGCCAGAUGUAUUUCUGAGACAUUUCUUUAUGGAAAAAGCUCCAGCGAAGGAGGCCAAUGAUGGGAAGCCAGAAUACAGGUGCAAGUCUUGGCCGGGUUCACGUGAUGUUGAUGGAUGGGAGAAGGCAAUCGUCGAGAGAACCCGCAGUAUCCGGUCAACGUUUUGUUCCGAGGGGGGUCAGGAUGACGACGGAGAGUCUCAAGGGGGCCGUAUUCAGGUUAAUUUCGAAAAACUGGUGGCCCUGUUCCCUUGGAAAGAAUUUGUGUGUCGGAUAGCAGAUUUUAUCAAGGGGCGGCUGGGUGGCCUCGAAAAUUCUAAUGCGGGUGCUGGUGAGGAGCGGGGUCCGGGUGCCAGCAAGGGGGCUGUGGAUGAGGAAGCAGUCCAGUCCGAUGCCGAUCCAAAAUCCCAGCAGCACGUGGAAGCCAGCCCCAAGAAUGGGGGCACCUUCAAUCGAGAUACGUCACAAAUAUCGACCGAGGUGGACGAAGUAGAGUAUUUAGAGUUACCAAAUUUUGGGAACCAAACAGUCGACAACCAGAAUCCUGAUUCUCAACCAGAGGCUUCUUCACAAUUUGUUGGUGGCGGAUCGCAGUGAGUCUCAUUGGUUUUCUGCUUUGUUUUACACUAUCAGACUAUGUGCUAAUCAACUUCAUCUGGUUGUGACAGGCUUAAUGUGCGUGCUGUUAAAUUGAUCAAAAGGGAUUUGUUGGCUAAGGAGGCUCUGUCGAAAGAUGUUCUGGCGAACCCCAUGUCCUCCAUUGUCUCCAACCCGGAGUCAAUUGCUACUACUGUUGCUCAAGUAAACGCAAUUAAGAAGCGCAAACGCAAGUCAGAAAUCAUGGAAAUAGCGAACAGGCACGAGGAUGAGGAAGCCUAUGACACGACUCUCGGAUACGCGGUUUCUGAGACUGUUGUGAACAAUUUGGCUCAGAUGAAGCAGCUGAAAGGAGCAAAAAAACGACUCGUUCAACAAAGACAAUCGGACCCAACUCCUUUACCACUUCCAUCAGGGAGACAAGAGCCGUCCGGAGGUCCGGAUAAUCUGCCCUCGACGAAUCGAGGAGACGGCGGUGAGUUCACACGAGUCAGUGAGGAUGACUGGGAUGAGAGCGAUGGAGAUAGCAGCGAUGACCCAGGCUAUCGGGCGUUUUCCCAGCUUCGUAGGGAGCAGGACAAGGAAAACAAGAAGCGGAUGACUCCGAUGCCGCUUCCUUCUCCGCGUCAUAGGAAAAGACUAAAGCGCUUCACAGAUCCUCAAGAAGGAGCAAAGAGGACAAGCCCUAUUGAUGAAGAAGGCGCUAUAAUUUACACACCGCCCAUCAGGUCAGAUAAGAGUAGGAGUAAACGAAGGGGCCGCAUCCUAGUUGAGGGCGAGAAGGAGCAAGAGGAAGACGAUGAACAAGGGGCACACUGGGAGCAAGGAGUGAAUGAGGACGAGGAUGGGAGCGAGUUUGUUCCUGAUCCAAGGGAUGAUGAAGAUGAGGACGAGGAUGACAGCGAAUUCGUGCCUGAUCCAAGGCAAGUCAGGGAUGAUGUAUUGAAUAGGAGCCGGAGGGAUUUGCCAUCAAGUUCUGAACAUGGCUCUAUGCCUUCAUCAGACUCGACUAAUUCAUCGCGAAGGGGGGCUGUGGUCUUAUAUAACCACUCUUCCGCUGGCGAUUCCCCAACUCGGAGGCGCAAUGGCUCUAGGGUAGCUUUGGCUUCUGCCAAUCCCUCGCAGCGAAGCCCCUCAGAGGAAGCUAAUGGUCGGCGAGCCGGGUCUUUGGGCAGAAGGUUUGACGAAGGCGGCCAUAGAAGCUUGCAAGAGGUUGCUAGGAUCAACAGAUUAGCCAAGAUAAACCGUGCAGCGGUUCAUACACUGCGAAGGCCAACAACCUUUUGGACCGAAAGAGGCACCAAGGCAUUGAUACAGGCAAUCCAUGAUCAUGGUCCGUCGUGGGCCGUCAUCAGAGAUGUGAGAGUUCCUCUUAUCCUUAUUCUAUUGUUAUUGAACGCCGAGCUCAUCCUUAGCCAUCAGUCAGCAAUAUCCGGCUUAGAAGGCAGAGACAAUGUACAGCUAAAGGACAAGGCCCGAAACAUUAAAGUUGACAUGAUAAAGUACUUCACCCCCUCUUCCUUGCUUGGAAUCGAACCACUAAUACGAAAUAUCUGGGAGCAGAGCAAAGAUUGCCUUGCCAGAAUGCUUCCGCCGUGUUUCCAUCAAAAAAACCGAUAUGGAAAUAUUGGCAAAAAUGGGAAUUUACCCAGACGAGAAUGGAAAUUAUCUGGAAGAUCAUGAUCGGUGUUCCGGGCAUACCUUUGAGGUAUGAUAUAAAGACCUAUCUCCUUUCUUUCUUUCUUUCUACUAGCCGGAAGACGUUUGCAACCUUUCACCUGUAAUAUACACCCCCUUAUGUCUUGUGCUAGUGGGUGGAUGACCAGUAUUUUUCCAAGUUCAGUUAUUCCUGUACAAAGUUUCUUCUCUUUCUUUUCUUUUUAAUCUAUCGGUUCUGUUUGGUGGAGUUCAAUGGCUCUUUGGCUCCUCUUUAUACGGCUUGCGUGCUCUUGGGACCGUCGCUACCGGUGAAAUAGAUAGGCGUACGGGUAUUGUUGUUAUGGUAUUUGUUACUUACUGUUUAUGAUAUGGUAUGGUAUGGGUACUAGUACUAUGCCACUUUGUAUUUUACUACACUCAUAUGCCGAAAUUUUGCUGAUUCACCUUUACAUGUGGAUUACCGUACUUUUUUAAUAUGAUAAAUUAGCUGUCU